UUCGCUUGCUCGAUGUGUACGUGCGUGAAAAGUUCUUACGUACAGUAUGUACUACCGUAAAAACGGCCAUAGAUUGAGCGUUAUAAAAUAAUUCGCCUGAAUAAAGAUUUAUGACAGACGCAGAUUACAUCAUUACGCAACGUUCCCGACUGUCGAAUAAUAAAGUCCAUACGUCAAACUGAGCUGAACCAGGAAAACAAUCCGCAGAGAUACUGUACCGUUGAUAGUUGCAAGAGCUACAGGUCUGUCAUAGACAUCGCUUUGACUCUGACGUGAGGACUCUCUUUCUGCACACAAAGGACAGCUUUGAAAUUAAAAAGAAGUGCCAAUCAUGGCAGGCAUUCUACACCCACAGCUGCUGCUGUUGUCCAGGCAGUACUGCAGAGUUUUCUCUGUCAUGAGCUCACAGAUUCACACCAGCUCUGGGCUGGCUGCUAAAGACCACUACAAAGUUCUCGUACUUGGUGGGGGGAGCGGUGGCAUAGCGAUGGCUGCACGCCUGAAAAGAAAGGUUGGCGCGGAUAACGUGGCCAUCGUGGAGCCUAGUGAGACGCAUUACUAUCAGCCUAUAUGGACGUUAGUUGGUGCAGGGGCUAAAUCGGUUGCUUCCUCUGGACGGUCAACAGCGAGUGUGAUACCAUCAGGGGUGACGUGGGUCAAGUCCAAGGUGGCAGAAUUUGACCCUGAGAACAACACUGUCCACACAGACUCUGGGAAAAAGAUUUCCUAUGAUUAUCUGAUUGUAGCUCUUGGGCUUGAGCUGCACUAUGAAAAGAUCAAGGGCCUGCCAGAAGGGUUUGAACAUCCCAAAAUCGGUUCAAACUACUCUGUGAAAACAGUGGAAAAGACCUGGAAUGCCUUGAGAAACUUUAAGGAGGGCAAUGCUUUGUUCACAGUCCCAAACACUCCCAUCAAAUGUGGAGGAGCUCCUCAGAAAAUCAUGUAUCUCUCGGAUUCCUUCCUGAGAAAGACAGGAAAAAGGUCCAAAGCCAACAUUAUUUUCAACACCUCCUUACCAGUGCUGUUUGGGGUCAAGAAAUAUGCAGAUGCCUUGUGGGAGAUUGUGAAGAAACGGGACCUUAAUGUAAACCUCAGGCACAACCUCAUCGAGGUCAGGGCAGACAAACAGGAAGCUGUUUUUGAGAAUCUGGACAAACCUGGGGAGACAGAGGUUUUCAAGUAUGAGAUGAUCCACGUUACCCCUCCGAUGGGACCACCUGCAGUGCUCAAAGGCUCCACAUUGGAUGACGCGGACGGCUGGCUGGAUGUAAAUAAGCACAACCUUCAACAUAAGACGUAUGCCAAUGUAUUUGGCAUUGGAGACUGCACCAAUCUACCCACAUCCAAAACGGCCGCAGCAGUAGCUGCACAGUCUGCAGUACUCGACCGAACGGUCAGCCAAAUUCUGAAGAAACAGACACCGGAUAAGUCAUAUGAUGGCUACACCUCAUGCCCUCUGGUUACAAGCUACAACCAGGUCAUCUUGGCAGAAUUUGAUUAUGACGGGCAGCCGCUGGAGACAUUCCCUGUGGACCAAAGUAAAGAGAGCAGGAUCAUGUACCACAUGAAAGCUGAUUUAAUGCCUCAUUUGUAUUGGCAUGGACUUCUCAAGGGAAUUUGGGGAGGCCCAGGACCAUACCGGACCAUCAUGCAUUUGGGAAUGAAAUAGAACAAACCUUUAAAGCGAACAGAGUAAAAAUGUAUUCUUUCUCAUUAUUAAUAAAUUUCUGUUUGUUGGUGCUUAACUUGCUCAAAUGAAUCUCCAGAGAUGCCUGCUUUAAAAUAUAGUUUGCUAGAUUUGUAUAAUUUCUAAUUGCAGUGCUAUAAAAUAAUUUUGGCUAUGGCAUAAUCAUCAUAAAAAUAACAUUCUACUUGCGAGUUGUCCAUGAAUAACUUUUUUAUAUCAUUUAGAAGGCAAUACAUUUGUAAAAUGUGAAAAUAAAGAACAGAUUCAUUAUGAA